AUCUUCUUGAGAACUUACCUGAAAAGGAUGAUAUACAAGAAUAUUUUCAAUUAAUUAAUUUUAAUGUUUCUACUGAAGAAAAUCUUACUGAAGAACAAAUUACCAAUUUAAUACAAUCUGAAGAAAAUGAAGAAAGUGAUAGUGAUGAAGAAGAAGAAAUAUUAUCAGUAUUGGUUAAAGAUGCAGUUAGUAGGUUGGAAACAUUCAUUAAAUAUUUUGAACAACAAGAUAAUAACUCUGAAUUUAAU